AGUAAGGAAAAGAAAAGCGCGGGGUGGCGGACCUCUGCUCCGCGCGGCGGUUCGCCGUUCGAACGACGGAAAAAGGAAGACGACGAUGACGACAACGAAGACGAAGAAGCGUCACCAACAAUUCUUUUCCUCAUUCGUUGCUUCCUCCCUGGGAAAGCCAAAGCAAAAGCUGGCUGCCCCACUGCCUUCUCUCUCUUUCUAUCUUUAUGAGUUGUUGAUGUUUGACAGAGGUUUCUUUAUGAGUUGGUGCUCUUUGAGCGAGAGUGAGAGAGGGAGAGAGAAAUGGGCAGAAAAGCAAAAGAGAACAAAAGAAAAAUACGGUGGUGGCAGUGGUGGUGCUACUUACCCACAAGCCACAAGCGAUUCUCCCCAUCUUUUUCUCUUUUCAUCUCUUUUCCCGCUUUUCGGCGUACCUUCUCUCCUGCAAGUCUUUUAUAAUCAAUCGGAGAUGGGGACAGAGUUGCUCUAUUUCUCUACAGUUCGUCGGAGCGGCAGCGGAAGCGGAGGCGAAGAUGGCGAGCAGCAGCGGCAUGAGACACUCUGGCGAGUUCCCGGCGAGGUCACUCUCCCGCCGGAUGUCGAGGGUCGGGACCGUCGUCGGCGAGGCUCCCGAGGACGAGCCGGGCACAAUCAAUGCAGAGCUUGUCCCGUCGUCCCUCGCGAAUAUUAUCCCCGUCCUCCGCGUUGCAGAUGAGAUUCAGGAGGAGAACCCUACUGUCGCUUACCUGUGUCGUUUUCAUGCAUUUGAGAUGGCACAUAAGUUGGAUUCUACAUCAGCUGGACGAGGAGUUCGCCAAUUUAAGACAGCACUUCUGCACAAGCUGGAAAAGGAUGAAAAAGAAGGGCCUCAGCCUACCAAAGCAUAUGCACGAGAAAUUCAAAAGUUCUACAAGGAGUUUUAUGAGAAGAAUAUCAAGGAACAACUUCAAAAGAGAACUCCUGACGAGAUGGCCAAAAACUGUCAGAUUGCAUCUGUUCUAUAUGAUGUCCUUGAAAACCUGGUACCUAAAGACAAAAUCAGUGAGGAGAUUUUAAAGUAUGCUUUAGAAGUUGAGAAAAUAAGGGAGCAGUAUGUACCAUAUAACAUUCUUCCCCUUCAUGCAAUUGCUACCACUCCUCCAAUAAUGAACGUGCCUGAGAUAAAAGCUGCAGUUCAUGCUUUGAAAAAAAUUCAUGGUCUUCCUUGGCAAUCUUCUGUUCGUACUGCAUAUCAUGAUAGUAGCAGACAAGAUCUUGAUUUGUUUGAUUGGCUUUGGUCAGUUUUUGGAUUUCAGAAAUCUAAUGUGGAGAACCAAAGAGAACACCUAGUUUUGUUAUUGGCAAAUGUUGCAACACGGAAUAAAUAUCAUCAGGAGUCUAACCUGAUAGAUGACAGCACUCUGAAAUAUUUAAUGGGCAAAAUAUUUAAGAACUAUUAUGGAUGGUGUGCCUAUCUGCAUCAGAAACGACAUAUCAACACAUCAAAUGCUCGGGACAAACAACAGAUGCAGCUUCUUUAUAUAGGACUCUAUCUUCUUAUCUGGGGUGAAGCUGCAAAUCUCCGAUUCAUGCCUGAAUGCCUCUGCUACAUCUUUCACCAUAUGGCCUAUGAACUUAAUGGACUUGUAUGUGGGAAUGUCUCUCAAGCUAGUGGGCAAAAUCUGCAGCUUGCGUACACUGGGGAGGAGUCAUUUCUACUAGAAGUUGUUACUCCAAUUUACAAUGUUAUACGCGAGGAAGCUCGAAAAAGUGCAGCAGGUACUGCAAGUCAUUCUAAAUGGAGAAACUAUGAUGAUCUGAAUGAAUAUUUUUGGUCUGAACAUUGUUUCAAGUUGGGAUGGCCUAUGGAUCGCAAAGCUGACUUUUUUCUUCAUACUUCAGAUCAUAAGAUUGAGGAUUACGCAGAUGAAGUUAGGCAGAGAAAGCCAAAAACAAAUUUUGUUGAAGUUCGCACCUUCUGGCAUCUUUUUAGAAGUUUUGAUCGGCUCUGGAUUUUUUUCAUAUUGGCGCUUCAGGCUAUGAUAAUCAUUGCUUGGAACUCUUCGGGCCCAUUGAUGGCAUUGUCUCAACAAAAUGUAGUGAAAAGUGUUUCAAGCAUAUUCAUUACGGCUUCAAUACUAAAUUUUCUGCAAGCACUACUGGAUAUAGUUCUUUGCUGGAAGGCUUGGGGAAGCAUGUCCUUCUCACAAAUAUUAAGAUACAUCCUUAAGCUUGUGGUGGCAGCUGUUUGGGCGGUGGUGCUUCCAUUUAGCUAUGGUGCUUCAUGGGAUAAUCCAACCGGGCUGGUCAGACUUUUCAGCAGUUGGACUAGCAGCUUUAAAAGCCAGUCAUUAUAUGGUCUUCUUGUAGCAAUUUAUUUAAUACCCAAUAUCUUAGCUGCUAUCCUGUUUAUGGUUCCGCUUCUUCAGAGAGCCUUGGAGCGGUCAAAUUGGCGAAUCAUUGUUUUCUUGUUGUGGUGGGCACAGUCAAAGUUGUACGUUGGAAGGGGCAUGCAUGAGAGUAUGGUGUCACUUCUCAAGUACACACUCUUCUGGAUUCUAUUGCUCAUCAGCAAACUAGCGUUCAGCUACUAUGUAGAGAUCCAACCAUUGAUUGACCCAACUAGGAUAAUUAUUGGCAUGGGAAUUGGCAAUUAUGAGUGGCACGAAUUUUUUCCAAAUGUGAAGCAUAACAUAGGUGUUGUGAUCUCCAUAUGGGCACCAAUUAUCUUGGUUUAUUUUAUGGAUGCACAGAUAUGGUAUGCCAUUUUCUCAACAAUAUUCGGAGGCAUUCGUGGUGCUUUUAGUCACCUUGGUGAGAUCCGGACUCUUGGGAUGUUGCGGUCAAGAUUUGGUUCUGUGCCAGUUGUUUUCAAUGAAUGUCUUGUGCCAAAGAAUGAAGAUGAUAAUAGAGAAAACAUGGAAGAACGGAAGAAGGUUGCAAAAUUCCAGUAUAUGUGGAAUGAGUUCAUAUAUUGCUUGCGUGAUGAGGAUCUGAUCAGUAAUAAGGAGCGUGAUCUAUUGCUUGUACCAUAUCCUCCAAGGGCUGUCUCUGUUGUACAGUGGCCUCCUUUUCUUCUUGUCAGUAAGAUACCUGCUGCAAUAGAAAUGGCCAAGGAUUUCAAAGGGAAGCUAGAUGAAAGGCUAUUUAAGAAGAUCAAAUCAGAUGAUUACAUGCUUUCUGCCGUUGUAGAGUUCUAUGAGACGUUUCGAGCAUUGCUUUGUGACAUAUUGGAGCAAGAAGAUGAAAAAGAAGUUAUAAAACGAAUAUGCAUUGAAGCGGAGUCUAGCAUCAAAGAUCAAAGUUUCCUGUCUAAAUUUCGAAUGAGUGGGCUGCCUCAGCUGAGCAAUAAAUUGGAGAAAUUUCUUGGCCUGCUCAAGAAUGCUUCUGAUGACAAUAUAGUGACUGACAGAACUCAAGUGAUUAAUAGCCUUCAAGAUGUAGUAGAGGUUAUUACCCAAGAUAUUAUGGCUGAGGGACACGGAUUUCUAGAAGGCAUGUUCGUGCACAAGCAGGGUCAAAAGGGUGAUUCAACUGGCAGCAAUAAAGAUCAGAAGUUCGCAAAAAUAAAUAUUGACCUCAUUAAGAAAGGACAUUGGUAUUUCGAGGUUUCCAGAAUGCACUUGCUUUUGACUGUCAAAGAAUCUGCGGCUAAUGUUCCUAUGAAUUUGGACGCUAGACGCCGCAUUACCUUCUUUACAAAUUCCUUGUUCAUGAAAAUCCCAAGAGCUCCAAAAGUUCACGAAAUGGUGUCAUUCAGUGUUUUGACUCCAUAUUUUAAGGAGGAUGUUUUGUUAUCUGAGAAUGAUAUUCAAAAAGAAAAUGAGGACGGAAUAACAACCUUAUUUUAUCUCCAGAAGAUAUACCCAGAUGAGUGGAGCAAUCUUCUAGAACGUUGUAAUUUAUCGAAAGAUAAGCCUAUACCGAGGGAGCACGUGGAUGAUCUUUGUCGCUGGGUUUCUUACCGAGCUCAAACACUAAGUCGUACAGUAAGAGGCAUGAUGUACUAUAGACGGGCACUGGCACUUCAGUGUUUCCUUGAUAUGGCAGAUGACAGUGAAAUAUUAGGUGGAGAUAGACGAGAAGUAUCAAUUGAAAAAUAUCUUGAGCAGCAAAAUUUACCACUGCUGGCCAUUGCAGAUAUGAAGUUCACGUUUGUUGUUUCUUGCCAAGUAUAUGGUCAACAGAAGAAAUCCAGUGACUCGCGUGACAGGAGCUGCUCGUUAAACAUCUUAAAUCUUAUGUUAGAACAUCCUUCACUUCGGGUGGCUUAUGUCGAUGAGAGAGACGAGACAAUUAAUGGAAGAACCGAAAAAGUUUAUUACUCGGUACUUGUUAAAGGAUAUGAAAAGCGAGAUGAGGAAAUUUAUCGCAUCAAGUUGCCUGGUUCUCCAAUUAUUGGUGAAGGGAAACCUGAAAAUCAAAACCAUGCAAUAAUUUUCACACGUGGAGAGGCACUGCAAACUAUUGACAUGAACCAGGAUAAUUACCUUGAAGAAGCUUUCAAAAUGAGAAAUGUUUUGCAAGAAUUCUCGAAACCUCAUGGACUAAAACCACCAACGAUAUUAGGACUGAGAGAACAUAUCUUUACUGGAAGUGUUUCAUCUCUUGCGUGGUUCAUGUCAAAUCAAGAAACAAGUUUUGUAACUAUUGGACAGCGAGUUUUAGCAAAUCCACUCAAAGUACGCUUCCACUAUGGCCAUCCUGAUAUUUUUGAUAGGAUAUUUCACCUAACAAGAGGUGGCAUAAGCAAAGCUUCAAAAGGGAUCAAUUUGAGUGAGGACAUAUUUUCAGGGUACAAUUCCACACUUCGUGGAGGAAAUAUUACUCAUCAUGAAUAUAUCCAAGUUGGAAAGGGUCGUGAUGUUGGAAUGAAUCAGAUUUCACUCUUUGAAGCAAAGGUCUCCAAUGGAAAUGGAGAACAGACUCUGAGCCGUGAUGUUUACAGAUUAGGCCGCCGCUUUGACUUCUACAGGAUGUUAUCAUUCUACUUCACAACAGUUGGAUUUUACUUCAGUAGCAUGGUGACUGUGCUGAUUGUCUAUGUUUUCCUUUAUGGACGCUUAUAUUUGGUGUUGAGUGGCCUGGAAAAAGAAUUAUUAAGGCAUACAAACAGCCAGCAAAGCAAAGCUCUUGAAUCUGCUUUGGCUACUCAAUCUGUCUUUCAGCUUGGUUUAUUGCUUGUACUGCCUAUGGUAAUGGAGAUUGGACUUGAGAAAGGAUUUCGUACUGCUAUUGGCGAAUUUAUCAUCAUGCAGUUGCAGCUAGCCCCUGUUUUCUUCACCUUCCAGCUUGGAACAAAAGCCCAUUAUUAUGGCAGGACAAUAUUGCAUGGCGGUGCCAAAUACAGACCUACUGGCCGUGGGUUUGGAGUGGAGCAUCUAAAAUUUGCUGCUAAUUACCGGAUGUAUUCACGCAGCCACUUUGUUAAAGGACUUGAAUUAAUGAUAUUGUUGAUUGUUUAUCAGGUUUACGGCACAUCAUAUUCGACUUCAAAUGUUUAUCUUUUUGUAACGUUCUCUAUGUGGUUCUUGGUUGCAUCUUGGUUGUUUGCACCUUCUGUGUUCAAUCCGUCAGGGUUUGAAUGGCAGAAAACAGUAGAUGAUUUCACAGAUUGGACACGGUGGGUUGGAAAUCGUGGGGGUAUUGGUAUUCAAGCAGAUAAGAGUUGGGAAUCCUGGUGGGAAGAGGAACAAGUUCACCUGAAAUAUACAGAUAUGAGAGGGCGUCUGCUGGAGAUACUUCUGGCAUUGCGCUUCUUCAUCUAUCAGUAUGGCAUUGUUUAUCAUCUCAACAUAGCCCACCACAACAAGAGUAUUCUAGUUUAUGGGCUGUCAUGGCUGGUUAUGGCGACUGUUUUAUUGGUCUUAAAGAUGGUAUCAAUGGGUAGAAGAAAGUUUGGUACCGACUUUCAGCUCAUGUUCAGGAUUUUGAAAGCACUUCUUUUCCUUGGAUUCGUCUCUGUUCUCACUGUCUUGUUCGUAGUUUGUGGCCUUACCAUUGCAGACGUGUUUGCUGCCUUGCUUGGUUUCCUGCCAACAGGAUGGGCCUUUUUGCUUAUUGGCCCAGCUUGCAGGCCAGUGGUUCGAAAAAUUGGAUUGUGGGAAUCCAUUAAGGAGCUUGCGAGGACAUAUGAGUAUAUAAUGGGGCUCAUAAUAUUUGCACCCAUCGCGGUUCUCUCAUGGUUCCCUUUCAUGUCAGAGUUCCAGACUCGCUUACUUUUCAAUCAAGCCUUCAGCAGGGGCCUGCAGAUCUCAAGGAUUCUGGCGGGAAAAAAGGAUAGCACAUAUGAGAUAGCUUCUCAGGUUGUACAUAAGGGGCCUUCAGAUCUCAAGGAUUCUGUCGGAAAAAAAGGAUAGCACAUAUGAGAUAACUUCUCAGGUUGUACAUAACUGAGGGGUAUUUGCUUCUCCCCAUGCAUUGAGUUCGUUUCUGUAAAUGUGGAAUAUGGGAAAAGAAGCUACAGGAAGGUAGAAAUAGAAAACGAUCUCCACGUAAUCGAUCUGAUGGAAGACUCGUGUUUAAUGAGCUCUCUGUGGCAUAUUCUAUUGAUAUACGGAUGUGAAUCCUUCGAGCAUGAGUUUUUGUUUUGGUGGCAGCUUAUGAAUUCUACAGCUACAGAAAGAUCUGAUUACAUUGAAUUCCUGUAAUGUUUUUGAAACUUGUUACACAACCCAUUCGCACUGAACAAACAGGUUUGGACUUGAAAAGGAUUAUGAAAAUUGUAGUGUAUACUGAAAAUAUUUAAUUGUAAUGAA